AUGGAUAUCAUUGGCUCACCACGCCCAGCAAGGGUUGCAAGCGCUACACAUCUUAAAAAGAUCCCGGUGAGUUUGAUCCCUUUUAUCUUGAUUUUUGAAAAAUGGGCAGCUCUUUGUCUACUCCCCAACAGAAAUUUUUAAAAGACUUAAAAUUUCUCCUCUCCUCCAACAAAUUGGAAGUUCCUGAGGGUGAUUUGAUACAGCUUAUUCUGGCCAUCGAUGAGCAUUCCCCCUGGUUUCCUGAAGAUGGGACUUGGGAAUUAAAACAUUGGGAUAAGAUUGGAGCACAUUUCCACGGACACCCUAGCAUUGGCGUUCGCGUUCUGAAUGCAUGGUGCAAGGUUCGUUACACCACGGGCUCUUUAUCACCCAAAAAUAUCUCCAUGGCUGCAUUGCCAACACAACCUCCGGCUUCUUUAGUCCAGCCUGCUGUGUUAGCAUCUGUUCCGAUACUUGCCUUGCCAGCAGCGCCAGACCCCAAACCUCCGGACUACAGUUCCUCACCAGAGGACCCAAUCCUGCAAAAAUACCGUGGUCUGGCUGGCAAUGAUCCUACUCUUUCAGCGGCAGAACCAGCUACCCCUUUUCAACGUGCAGUCCUUGCCCGUUCCUUAAUUCAGGAUACUAUGGCAUUCCAUGUUAUUGUGCCCCCUGCUGGUGCCCCGGCAGGCACCCAAGCCCAACACCAACCUUUUGACUUUAAGAUCUUGAAAGAGCUGCAGCAGUCAGUAAAGACCAAUGGACUCCAAGCCCCAUAUACGCAGGCGCUUUUAGAAGCCACAUUAGCCCAGCUCUUGGUUCCAGAUGACAUCAAGCUUUUGGCCCAUACAGUGUUACCCCCAUCAGCUGGUGUUUUGUUUGCCCACGAAUGGGAAACUGCCUGCCGUGCUUAUGCUCCGGCUUUGUUACAACAAAUCAGAGGAAAUAAUCCAAAUAUUACCCUCGCAGACGUCAUAGAUGCCAUGAUGGGGCGUGGUCCCUUUGCUCAGGCUUCAGUGCAAGCCACACUGCUGCAAAUCUUAUUGAGGGACACCGCUCUUGCUGCUAAACAAGCAAUGAGAAAAAUCCCAGAACCCACCAGUAUUCAAUCAAGGUGGGGUUCAAUCAGGCAAGAGGCAAGAGAAUCAUAUUCUUCCUUUAUGGACAGGCUGCUUACAGCAGUGAGUCGCCAAAUUGAAAAUCCUGAAGCCAAACAAAUAAUUAUCAAACAAUUGGCCUUUGAAAAUGCCAAUGAGGAUUGUAAGGUUGCGUUACGACCGAUAAUACACAAUCCUGCCACAGACACAGCAGCCAUGCUUCGCAUUUGUCAGUCUGUAGGUAUAGCCACCCACAAGGCUCAUCUGCUGGCAGCAGCGCUAAAUAAAAACCAGCCUGUAGCCACCGAUAAAACUUGUUUCCAGUGUGGCAAACCAGGACACUUUAAGGCGCAAUGUAGAUCCACGCAACAGCCUAGGCGUCCUUCUACCAAAUGUCCAAUCUGCAAAAAAGGCUUUCAUUGGGCCAAUCAAUGCAGAUUGCUUCCCCAAAACCAACAGCAGGGUCAGCACACUGCCCGAAAUCAGCAAGAAAAUCAGCAGGGAAACCGGCAGCCGGGCCCACCCCGGGCCCAGACAAAUCAAUAG